AUGGGGGGGUGUAUAGAUGAGGGGGGGUGGGGGGGGGGGGGGGGGGGGGGGGGGGGGGGGGGGUUGGGUGGGGGUGUGGGGGAGGGGGGGGGGGGGGGGGGGGUGGGGGGGGGGGGGGGUGAACAGGAGCGGCGCAGCAGGGACUACUACAGAACUCUGGCCGAGGACCCCGCCCCAUCCUUCGAGCGACGCGUCCGUGAACAUCUCCACGUGAGACACGGCGCCGGCCAGAGUCACUCCGUCCCGUAG